AUGGCCAGUGGUAACCCCCACGGAGCGCCUUCCGACCAACCUCCUUCAGACGAUUUCUUCGAGCAAAUUCUCGGCCUUCCCAACUUCGCCGCUCCUUCCGCCGCUGGUCUUCCCGGAGCCAACAUCGGCCUCGACGGUCCACCGCCUCCGAUGAUGCUGCAGCUCGGCUCCGGUGACAAAGCUUCUCACAUGGCCGCCCUCGGGGGAGGUGGCGCCGGUGGGUUUCACGGUCAGAUGUUCCCGUUGGGUUUGAGCCUGGACCAAGGGAAGGGACCUGGGUUUCUUAAGCAUGACGAACCUCACGGAAGCGGGAGACGUUUCCCUGACGAGAUUGUUGAUAAUCGAUGCCCCUCCAUGAAACCUGUUUUCCACGGGCAGCCAAUGCCACAACCAGCGCUAACAGCACCGCAUCCACCAUCUGCAAUUCGCCCUAGAGUGCGGGCUAGACGAGGUCAAGCCACCGAUCCACAUAGCAUUGCUGAGAGGCUACGCAGGGAAAGAAUAGCAGAAAGGAUAAGGGCUUUGCAUGAAAUUGUACCUACAGUGAACAAGACAGAUAGAGCUGCUAUGAUCGAUGAAAUUGUCGAUUAUGUAAAAUUCCUCCGCCUCCAAGUUAAGGUUCUAAGCAUGAGUCGUCUUGGUGGAGCCGGUGCUGUCGCUCCACUUGUCACUGAUAUGCCUCUGCCUUUGUCAUCAUCAGUAGAGGAUGAAGGAAUAGAAGGAGGAAGAACGGAGCCAGCGUGGGAGAAAUUGUCGAAGGACGGGACAGAGGGUCAGGUGGCUAAGCUGAUGGAAGAGAACGUAGGAGCGGCAAUGCAGUUCUUGCAAUCAAAGUCACUUUGCAUAAUGCCAAUCUCAUUGGCAAUGGCCGUUUGCCACUCUCAGUCUCAGCCCUCUGAUACAUCGUCUGGGGUGAAACCUGAGAUGAAUCCACCACCGUAGAUGGAGGGAGGUGUGUACAGAAUCCAACGGUCCACAGCUCAUGUCACCACCCAACAUGGUAAAAACCAGAGAGCCCUCUCAUCUAAUGGAGUAUGAUGCUUUUUUUUCUUUGCUUUUUGGCCUUUGCCCACUUCAGCAGAGUUGGAAAAGGCGUAGGAGAUGGGAUCAAAGUAGGAUUUGCAGUGGGGAGGAAAUUUGUCAAAAAGCUUAAUUGAUUAAAAAUAUGUCUGCUUUCUUCUUCUGUGGGUAAUUUCAAGGUGGACUUUGAUGAAAGCAGCUUUUGUUAAAUAGCGAGUGGGCGGUUGAGGGAAGAGAGAGGGCUCUAAAGGGGUUUCGUUUUCUUUGUGGAAAAUGGGUAGUGGGAUGUGUGGGACCUUGUUCUAAUGUACAAAAGUAAUGUUGAAUUUGUUGGCCCUUUGUAUUAUUAUUGUUAUUAUUUUGUAUGACAAUAAUAAAAUAAUAGUCAGUAAUAGUUGUUGCCUCUC